AUGACUGUCGUCCACACUGUUCUCCUCCGAUUCAAGGAGGAUGCAGGCGCCGACCAGGUCAAGAUGGCCAUCGCCGACUUGUUGGACCUCAAGGUGAAGUGCGUCCGCGCCGACACCAAGCAGCCGUACAUGCAGGUGACCAGCGGCGGCAAGGACAACUCGGUCGAGGGCCUUCGCGUGCAGCAAGGCUUCCAGUAUGCCUUCGUGAUGGAGUUUGAGAGUACUGCGGAUCGAGACUACUACGCCAAGUCGGACCCUGCCCACCAAGCUUAUGUCAAGACCUACAUGCCCAUCUUCGAGAAAGUCAUUGUUUUUGACUACUCCAAGAUGGAGUUUUAG